AUCAUAAUUUCUUCUUCACAACUAUGUAUCUGCUGUCAAGACCCAUUACUUUUUCUACAUGACUUGGGGCUUAUCGCAUUACAUUUAUAACAUAGUUGUGGUAGAAAAGGUGUGAUCCUAAAUUUUUUUUUCUUCAUUUAAACCUAUGCUUUUUAUCUCCAUUGAAACGAAAAUUUCUAAAACCAUGUCCUUUUGUGCCACAGUUUUGUCAUAACUUAGCACACGGUAAAUACUAGUGGACUAGUAGUAAACAAAAAUGUCGAGUGAAAGUGCAGUGAGUCACAUUGUAACACAUAAGAUUGUGAAAAAUAGGUGUAAUAGGGUACGGUACCAGAAUGACUCCUAUCAAAACCGGAACACAAGGAUUUCUCAUUUGUUAUACUCUCUCAAAAGUCAAAGCAGCCAUGGACUCAAAAACUCGUACAGUCGAAAUGUUCUUCUUUCCCUUCGGGGGUGGAGGCCACCAGAUCCCAAUGGUAGACAUGGCAAGACUUUUUGCUUCCCAUGGAGCCAAAUCCACUAUCAUAGUCACUCCCACAAACGCUCUUCACUUCCAAAACUCCAUCCUUCGUGACCAAAACUCUGGCCACCCAAUUUCCAUCCAUGCUCUCCAAUUACCAGACGGUGUAGUUUCAUCUGAAUCUGCCAUGUCUGCAACCCCUUUCACUGACACCACAGUCCUCCAAGAACCUCUCAAACUCUUCCUCAUUGAACACAAACCCGACUGCAUUGUCUUCGACAUGUUUCACCGUUGGGCUGCUGAGCUGUUCGAUGAGAUUGGUAUUAGAAGGAUUAUCUUCAAUGGUAGUGGGUGCCUCCUUGGUUGUGUUGCAGAGAGUUUAAGAAAGUAUGAACCACAUGAGAAGGUGGGUUCAGAUUAUGAGCCUUUUGUAGUGCCGGGCCUUCCUGAUCGGAUCGAGCUCACAAGGUCUCAGCUUCCUGACUUUGUUAAAGACAAAUCUGGGCGUUUAGAUAAGAUGGCAAAAGAUGAAGAAAAGAGCUUUGGGUCUGUGGUUAAUAGUUUCUACGAUUUGGAGCCAGCUUUUGCAGACUUUUCCAGAAAGGAGAUGGGAAAGAAGGCUUGGCUUGUAGGACCAGCUUCUCUAUGUAACACAAAUGUUACUGAUAAGGCCGAGAGAGGCAAAAAAGCUGACCAAAGUUGUUUAGGUUGGUUGGAUGAGAAAGAACCCAAUUCAGUUCUUUAUAUUAGUUUUGGAAGCAAACCCAGUUUUGCUCCAGGACAGUUUGUUGAGAUUGCUCAUGCUCUCGAGGCUUCCAACCAUUCAUUCAUUUGGGUUGUUGGAAAAGCCUUCAAAGAUGAAGAAAAUUUCCUUCCUGGUGGAUUUGAAGAGAGGAUUAAGGAAUCAAAGAAGGGUGUGAUAAUAAAAGGGUGGGCACCCCAGUUAUUGAUAUUAGAACGUGGUGCAGUGGGAGGGUUUUUGACCCAUUGUGGAUGGAACUCUAUGUUGGAGGGAGUUUGUUGUGGUGUGCCUAUGAUUACAUGGCCACUCUCUGCUGAACAGUUCUGCAAUGAGAAAUUGGUUACUGAUGUGUUGGGGAUUGGAGUUCAAGUUGGGAGCAUAGAGUGGAUGUCGAUUAAGUCUGAAAAGAAAGCGUUGGUUGUGAGGGAGAAGGUGGAGGUGGCAGUGAAAAGGUUGAUGGGUGGUGGUGAUGAGGUUGUGGAGAUGAGAAAACGAGCUAGAGAGCUUGCAGAGAAGGCUAAGAAAGCUGUUCAAGUUGGUGGAUCUUCGUAUAUGGAUGCUGAUGCCUUAAUUGAGGAGCUUAAAUCCUUAAAAGAAAAAUGAGAAUUAAUGGAGGAAUAUUGUAUUCACUUGCCAAAAGAAUAAAGUAUGCUGUACUACUAAGGUGGAAAAGAAAUAAUGAAGAUACAUGAAAUGAAGUUUGUAUUGUUUUUCUGAUGAGCAGUUGACUCUUUUUUUCUUUUGCUAUUUGAUGUGAAGUUGACUCCUGGUAAAAUAUAAUCGAAGGACUAGUAAAUUUUGGCAUGUUAAGUACAGUUGAUUAACACUGUAAGCU